CAACUUUUCCUUAGCCAUAUUUGUGAACUGAGAAGAAAUCUACAAGACGAGCAAAGCAAAGCAAAGCCAGCGAAGGGAACGCAGACAUGUCGUUCAUGAAAGGAGAUUUGUUAACGAAAGCAAGGAAACUCGUCAAAGGUUUAGCCAAACCUGAGCCUGCUUGGCUCAAAGCCAUGGAACAGGCGCCACCUGCAACCUUUCCUCGUGCUGAUGGAAAAGUUAAGAGGAUCAUUCUCCCAGAAGAUGUGUACAUAAGAAAAUUCUUCCAGAAAUAUCCAGAGUCAAAGCAUCAAGAUGCCAUCAAAAUAUCUGGUUUUGAUCCACCUCCAGCCCGUCUAUUCGGUUUGCGGGUGCUUGAGUUGAAAGAGCAGGGAGUCAGCGAGGAGGAAGCGAUGGCUGUAGCUGAUAUGGAAUAUUCGACGGAGAAAAAGGAGAAGAAGAAGGCAUAUGCUCGAUUGAAACAAAUUGCCCGUCUUCAAGGAAAGAAACCUCCACCCAACCCAUAUGCUAGUAUUAUCAAGCAGAUACAGGCGGAGGAGAAAAAGUUUGUGCGUGAUCGUUUCUUUGAUCCUGAUACAUUGAAAAUUGUGGAGAAGCUGAAAGAGGAGAGGAAAGCUGAGAUGCAGGAUAGAAUGGGUGGGGAAGGCUUUUGAGAUGACAUGUUUUUUGUGAAAUGGUGCUUAGUGAUAGUAACCAGAACUUUAAUUAGUUGGCGAGCAUAGAUUCUUACUACUUUUUUGCUUUCUGCUUAAAUGAGUUAUUAUAUAGAAAUGGGAAGCAUUGGACCGAGUACCAAAUCCCUUGCAUCUGAUAAAUGUUAGAACUUUGUUAUCUUCAUAUUUAUACUAAACAUUCAGAUAUUGCAAUAAGUGCUGGAUCCUAUUCCCGACUGCGAAUGCAACGUGAUUUCUUUUUUGAAGUA